UAACACUCUCUACCUCUCUCCCUCCCCCUUCUCCCUUCAGACCUUGCACCGCCUUACAAUGGCGACGACAGCCUUGGGUCCAUGGCCGACGCUGCUCUUCAUCACUUCACUCCUCGUCACCACUUUCUCUGGAUCAAUUCAGUCACUGUUGGUAUCAGAGCAGCCCGAGCCUCGAUGCUGCUUCAUUUACCCUUCCAAAGGCAACGAACUGCUCGCACGAAUACCGCCUUCCAGGUUCUGCGACGAGCCCAAGUGUGCCCAGCACGAGCAGAGAGAAGCUGCACUGUACCUCUGUACGGAUUAAUGGUUGAAGUCGUCAAAUCCCGUGACACCCGCACUGAUGAACUGUAAGUACAUGGAGACGCUCUUACACGGAGGCAUGCCGAUCUCAAGGCCUUCGCUCUGGCUCUUGUUCGAGAACUAGGGCAAUGGAGUUGAGAUUAGGACCUCUUCAGGCUUUCAAACGAUAUUGGAGAAGAUUGCUUACUGUCGAUGUGACUAUUUCUCUCUAGGCUGCGUGUUUGGGAACUUGGACAGAAGUUCAGAACACUCAAGUGCUCAGCGGAAUAGCCACCUUGGCGUGGGCAAGACAGCCGAGUGCUGAUCCCAGGGAAUCCAAGAACGCAUGCCCUUCCUCUCUUCUUCCACAAUUCUCCCAACACAUAUGACUCGGAACUUUCUUCUGGUCCUUCUGCCAUGCCACUUUUUCCUAGGACCGGGGGCCAACAGGACAGGAAGUGUCUACAUGACUUUGAGGCCGGCCAUAAACGAAGCACAACGCUUACAGGAAGUUUGCAGAAGCUCGUAUUGGAAGAGAGCCACCGACACCAUACUCCCAGCAAACAUGUGGCAAGAAACACAAACUGUAUGAGACCUGGAUGAGCCAUUUGUACGGCGGCGGAAAGAGAACGAGAGCGAGAGCCGUACCUCCUCCGCUGUCGCCUGAGUCCAAGACUAUUGUACCAUCCGCCACGACUACCACCAACUCUGCCAGUGCGACAGCUACGAGUACAUCGCAAGUAGCUGCCACCCCGUACAAUUCUACAACUACGGAAUGGUGUGCAAAAGAAAAGGCCUGUGUUGCAAACGCACGUGAGAAGGAGCUGGAGCUUGCCGCAAGGCAGGCUUAUAUCGAGCGGCUAGAGAUCCAGAAUACUCAACUGCUCAGCGCAAUGGCCUCCUGUGGGUGGACAGGCAAACCGAGCAAUGAUCACAGGGAGUCUGAGGCAGUCGUACAGCGACGAAACAUGCCGAACAAACCCGCCAUGUUUGAUCGCGUCAAGGCCUGGACGAGCUCAUGUGAAACACGACCGAAGGGACUGCAGGGCAAGGAGACAAAAAUCAAACAAAUCAAGGAGCGCGCCGAGAGCUUCGUAGCGAGCGAUAUGCUCCACAAUGGCGAUAUCAAGACCAGAACGGCGAGCACUGACCUGCCAUUGGACGUUGUUGCCGAGCCACAGCUUUCUGCGAAGCAUACACUGGCUCCACGUAAACAGGAUUGGAAUGCAAAGAUCACGGCAGAGUUUGAAGCUUGGGAGAGAUGCAAAGACAACAUCGUCAAGACGCAGAAUACGAUCGAGAGUGAAUUUGGGUUGAUUGCCGACGCACAAGACCGUUACGUCGCGGAACUGAAUCCGAUCCAUACCAAGAGAAGUAUCGAUCACCAAGACUCGGCGGCGUCUCUCUUAAUGAGCAGUGGCAAUCUGUCGGUUCCAGCUUCUAAGAUAGCCCGAAGGUAGGACAGUGAUCACUGGCACAUGUGGGAGACGGGCUAUCAAAGACUCCAGAUUGUCGAGACCUUCUGGGAGAUCCAGUAUGGGGUUGUCUUGUCAUCGCUACUCGACAAAUACGGGAGGCUUGCGGAAACCAACUGGCACCUUGUCCAAUUCACGCGACAGAAAAUGAAGAAAGUAGCAGAAGAUCAUUCUCGUAGCAUUGCCGCGGCCGUGCCGCGGCCGCUGCCGCCAUUGUUACGAUACAAACUAGUAGCGUCUUGGAGUCUCGGCGAAGCCCUACUACCUUACUACUACUUCUCCUCCUCCGGCUUCUUCUACUGAUUCUGCUCCUCCUCCGGCUUCUUCUACUUCGGCACCUCCGGCUACCUCUCCUACUUCGACUUCGGCACCUCCGGCCACUCCUCCUCCUCCUCCUCCUCCGGCAUCCUCUACUUCCUCCUCUACUCCUCCUUCUUCUUCUACUUCGGCUCCUUCGGUUACCUCUCCUACUUCGACUUCGGCUUCCCCAGCUACGUCUCAUACGUCUACUUCGGCUCCUCCGGCUACUUCUCAUACGUCUAGUCCGGCUCCUCCGGCAGCUAUUGCUGCUGCUUCCGCUACUUCUGAUGUCUCUGGGUUCACACGCUUCCCGAGAGGAUUGUAUAGAAGCUGUGCAAGUAUGCAAGCUCGGCGAGAACUGUAAAAGUGUAGUGUCAACACGAGUAUUGAGUACAUCGACGACGACAACGGGUAGCUAUAUGGCAUCGGAGACGCAGAGCGAGCAAUAUGUAUGUAUUGUUAAUCGACAGUAAAGGAGAAGGGCAGCAAUGUUAAUAGCAGCAGCGGUAAAUAUAGGAAAGAGAUGUAGCACUCUGGAAUCCCGGGAUGUAGUAAGUAGCAAGAACAAGUUGGAAUGAC